AUGGCUAGUGCACUAGAAACACUAUGUGGUCAAGCCUACGGAGCAAAACAAUAUCACAUGCUAGGGAUUUACCUCCAAAGAUCAUGGCUCGUCCUCAUAGGCAGUACCAUUUGCCUCACGCCAAUCUACAUUUUUGCUGGCCCUAUCCUCUUAGCCUUAGGUCAAGAAGAACGCCUUGUCCUUGUAGCUCGAGUCAUAGCCCUAUGGGUCAUAGGCAUCAACUUCUCCUUCGUACCUUCCUUCACUUGCCAAAUGUUCCUCCAGGCUCAGAGCAAGAACAAGAUCAUUGCCUUUGUCGCUGCUGUCUCCUUAGGGGUCCAUGUUUUCUUGUCUUGGCUACUAAUGGUUCAUUUCGAAUUUGGGAUCGGUGGUGCCAUGACCUCGUCACUCAUAGCACAUUGGUUGCCUGACGUAGCUCAGCUCUUGUUCGUAAUAUGUGGUGGGUGUAAGGACACAUGGAGAGGAUUCUCUUGGUUGGCUUUCAAAGAUCUUUGGCCAGUAUUCAAAUUAUCUUUGGCUUCCGGAGGCAUGACUUGUUUGGAAGUAUGGUACAACUCGAUAUUGAUAUUGCUCACAGGAAAUUUAAAAAACGCUGAGGUCUCUCUCAACGCACUAGCAAUCUGCAUCAAUAUAAAUGCAAUGGAGAUGAUGGUAGCCUUC